CUCCGAGGGCACAGCUGCGCAGAUGUGUGUGAAGAAGAUAGCGCAGGUUUUAGUGAGAGCAGGAGUAGCGUUUCAGAGGGAGGCACGAACUGCUGAGGCACCAAAUCACGAAAGAUGUCGUUUGCCAGUGACAAACUGUACAAAGAGUACUUGCUCCGCAAAAUGCCGACCAUAGUGUCCAAGGUGAAAGUGAGAGAGAUUGUGCCCCACCUGCCGUGCUUGACGGAUCACGACAGGGAAAACAUAGAGGCAAAAAGAGAGACUUACGGGAACUACGACAGCAUGGUGCUUCUCCUGGACUGUCUAAAGAGAAGAGAAAACUGGCCGGAGCAGUUCAUCGAUGCGCUUGAGGCGUGUGAUCAUGUGACUAUAGCAGCUGAAGUCAGAGAAAAAUACAACACUCUGAGAGGCACCAACAGUAAGUCAGCAGAUUCCAACCCCAGCUCCCCUCCAACGACUGUCAUCCAGGCACACAUCCAUCCAGCACCAUCUGCCGGUCGUCUGUCCGUCCCAGAGAGUGCUGGGAACAGUCAUGCUGGUGUUGCUCCGCCAGCUGACGCAUCAGCUCCUCUGGAGCCAGCUGCCCAGGCCUCGGCCCCUCUGGAAAUCCCUGUGCAGCCACAAGCCUCCCCGAGCUCAGCAGCCCAAGUUUCUGAGGCGGUUUCCCCACCUGAGCCUGUCGCUGAGCCUCCACAAUCAGCUCGGAUUAAAGUGGCACCUGCUCCAUCAACACCACCUCCUUCCCCCGAAACCACACACAUUCAGGCGGCUACAACAACCCCACCGCCUCAGAGGGAGAUUCUUUCUCACCAGGAGCCUGAGGAAAACUCUGAAUCAGACGUCCAGGAUCUAUCGGGUGAUAAUGCUGUGAUCCCCGAUCAGCUGGACACAGGAAAUGGCAAUGUAUCCAUCAGCGGUGUGAACACUCCUCAGCCGUCCGGUCUUGUUGAACAGCGUGAAACAGAUACUCCAGCCCACCCAGAUCCUCUCCAAAAAACAACCACCUCAGACCCCGAGGUCAGGCCACCGCGGAGUCACUCUCCAGCUCAGGUGAACUCUGAUGUGAUGUCUUUCCGCAUCAUGACCCCAGAGAAGCCUCCAGUCCAGGACACCACCCCUCCGGUUUACGUAAAUCCUACUCCUGUCCUGCAGCCAGAAGAGACUUCUGAACCUCCUGCCACGCAGGUUGUUGAAAGCAGCCCACAGACAGAAGCUGCAGCCUCCCCACUGCCAGAUGCUGCCACAGUGUUUCUCAGCAAGCCUGGACAACUCAUGAGCACCCAACCCCAAAAUCAUGACAGCCCUAUUGUCCCUGCACCCCACCUGCCUGUGGAGCCCUACUCGGGUAACAGCGAGCGGCUGGAAAUAAGCGAAGCUGCCGUGACCUCAGCCCACAUUCCCGCAUGCUCUGCUGUCAGCUCCACCACCAUGAAUACUGUUACUGCACUGCCGUGCCAGGAGAACGGCAUUGCUGUUAACCACAACGAACCGGAGGAAAACCACUACGAGUCUCCUUGUCAGAGUUUGGAAACGCAGGAUGUGCGGGUCAACGUGGUGCAAAUUUCCGAGGAGCCGUCUAUCCUCAAUCUGGAGGGUCAGAGCUCAACACCACAAGGUCAAAUCGUCAACGGCGAAGCAGCCAAAGAGAUCACCUCUGCACCACCACCACCACCACCACCAUGCACCACCAACGCUGCUGAUACUGUAUUGAGUGUAAAGAUCCCCGCCGUUGAGAACUACCACCCCUCUCAGCCUGCACCACCUGAUUUUAACCCAGAGCUGAAAACGCUGCAGGGUUCAGAGGACCACACUUCCUCUCGCACCACGCCAAUUAAUACAAAGUACAUUCUGACCGCUGCGGGAGUGGGCGCCUGUGCGCUGCUGAUGGCGUGGAAGUUUAAGAAUUAAGGGGCUUUAAUACCUUUUAAAGGAAGAGAAGAUUAGGCUUUAAGGCUUUGGAAAGAGGAUCUUCAGGGUAUGGUGCCUUAUUGUAGUCACUUGCUUGCCGUGGCUUGAGGCAGCUGAUCAAUAAUUACCUAGAGAAAUAACAUCUGAUUUGCCAGACCUUUGAUCAUGCCAUUAAUUACAAGUCAGUUAUUGAGUUGCACUGAGUUUUAUCAUUUUCACAUCGAAUCUAGGUGAAAAAAAAACAAAUCUACCCUUCUUAUUCUGCUUGUGGACCUUGGUUAAGAUCUCAGGUUAUUUAUGCACUUGCUGCAAAUCUGUGGUGUGUGGGUGAAGGUAAACUGAUGCUGUUUAUUAAGCAUGGAAAUGUUUGUAUGUUCACCUGUCUGAUAAGCACUUUCUAGAUAAGACUGUUGGCUGCCGUCCCUUAAGGACUGGUCUGCUGAGAACCUGACUUUUUCUGGAUGUGAACUGUGAGAAAAUGAUGAUGGCGCUGUAAACGAUGGCUAGUGCACUCUCUGUAUUUAUUUGUACAUUUAUAUGUAGAUUAUAUGUAAUAUAAAGGUAUAAAAUUUGAUAUUUUAAGAAACACCAAGGUGUCAGAAACAUUCCCAAGCAGUUAUGAUGUCUCAGCACCGUUUAAUCAAGUGGACGGUUUGUUUCUUUCUGAGCUGCAAAGCAGCAGGAAGGAGCUGCCAGCACAUCAGCUGCACACUCAAUUGGAUUUUUUAACGGUCAUUUUGGCUAAUUUCUUCCUCUUUGAUGUUUGAAGAGAUGUAGUAAAUGUUGUCUGUUUUAAUGCCUAAAAGUGUACAAUCAGAAUUGUAAAUGAGCAGAUCUUGCUGUGCUCUGGCAGCCGCUGGUCCAGACAAGCGAUGAUGUUCUUUCUGACUGUUAGCAGCUUAAAAUGUUGAGGCCACAUUUUAUUUUUUCAUGUUUCUCCUUCUCCUUCUCUUUUAACGUUUUGACUGUUAUGUUCUUUGAGAUAAGAUUUUAUUGUAAAUAGUACUGUCAAUACAUGAAAUAUCACAUUAAAAAAAAUAAAAAAAAUUUAGAAGGUUUUGCACAAUUUAGGUGGAUUUUUGAGCUUCAGGGAUGCUUUUUCGAUGAAAUGUGUCAUUAUUAUGAUGCACAUGUAAUUUGUAAUCUUAGUUUAAUUUUUAGCCCAGUUCUCAUGCACGCGUCUCUCUGGCUGUGCACUUGGAAAUAACAUCAAUAAACCUGAAAUCAUAGGAAAAA